GCCGGGGUUUUGUGUCAACGCUUAAAAGCUCAUUUAUCUCUGAUUAACUGUUGCCAAUGUGCGAAGUUCGAUGGUUGCAGCAACCGAAGAUGAAACGGAAACCGAUGCGAUCCCGAUCCCGAUAGCCAAGUCAAAUCAAAAAACGCUGGCACAUUGCAGGCCCAUCAUUUGUCAUAUUUCCAAUUUCCCAUUUCGCGAGCUUGUAUAAAUAUCAUCGGAAUGCAAACAACAAACGUCAGUUAGCAAACUAAAAGAGUGGUAAACAGAUCCUCCGCACUAGACAUCAAAUAUAUAUCUGCUCAAGAUGCGUGGAUUUCUGUUACUUUUCCUCAUUGCUUCCGUUUCGGCUGCAAAAUUGGGCUACAAUUACCAAGCUGCUGCUGGCGACCGUCGUUUUGCGGGACUCAUCGAUGCGGAGGCCACAGGAUUCAGCUCCACAUCCACGCAGCAGCAGCAGCAGCAACAGGUGCAACACGAGCUUGUGCAGCAAAACACGCAACAACAAAUUCCAGCUGCUGCGGAUGAGUUCAGCAAGGAGUUCUACACCUACGCUGCGCCGGAGGAGGAGUUUGCGGAUCGGGAGGCCACCGAGCACAUCGCCAGCAUGCUGAAACGCAAUCUCCGCGUGCUGUUCAUCAAGUCGCCGGAACAUCAGGGUCUCACCAAUGCAGCCCUCCAGUUGGCCAAACAGGCCAGCGAGCAGCGGACGGCCAUCUAUGUGCUCAGCAAGCAGGCGGAUGUGAGUCAGUUGGCCCAGCGGCUGGCCAAUGAGAACCAGGCCCAGAGUCCCAAGCCGGAGGUGCACUUCGUCAAGUACCGCACCCCGGAGGAUGCGGUGCGUGCCCAGCAGCUCAUUCAGCAGCAGUUUGAUUCCUUGGGCGGCAGCUCCCGCAGCUCGGACGAGGGUGUCGCUCCCGUUUUGGACUUCAGCUCAGCACCAGCGGCCAUUAGCGUCCAGGAGCAGAAUGAGGCCCAAAAUCAGGUCCAGGCAGUAACACCACUCACAAAGUAUUUGCCAGCGGCAUUGCUGCGCAACAAGUAGUUGUAUAUCUAUAUUAUUGAUUAUACUUAUUUAAGAGCUAGUUUUAUACAUCUAGAAAUACA